GGUUUCCGUUUAUACAGGAAGUAAAUGCUAAGCAAUUCGCGUGACAAACUGCACCAGACACACGGUUUUAAAGGCGAUUUAAAUUGUGUCAUUUGAUUCGUAAAUUGUGCAAUAGAAUAUUUGAAAAUUAACAACCUUUUAAUCUAGAAGAUUGUGCAUUUGGUGUUUGAACCAACUGGAUGUUGAGUGUGCGGGCUCUGUUUAGGAUUGGGUUCCUUGUGACAUUACGGGCAACCACAGUCCUCUCCCGCAGGAGGGCAUGUCCAUUGGUCAGUGUGACGAAUAGUCUAUAUAAGGAGUGCUUCAGUGGACAAGUGUCCACCAUGGCCCAGUCCAUAAAAUACCUUGGGCAGGAGGAGGCUCAACAAAUUGACGAGGAGUUGUUCUCAGAGUAUGGAUUCAGUGUGGACCAGCUGAUGGAGCUGGCUGGGCUCAGCUGUGCUACAGCAAUCACCAGGGCCUACCCCACCAGCUCUCUAGUCAAAGCCAGACCCUCUUUGCUUGUGAUUUGUGGCCCAGGUAACAAUGGAGGAGAUGGCCUGGUCUGUGCCAGACAUCUCAAACUCUUUGGUUAUGCACCCACCAUACUGUACCCAAAGAGGCCAAACAAACUGUUGUUCCAGGGUCUGACCACCCAGUGUGAGAAGAUGGACAUCCCUUUCCUAACUGAAAUGCCUGAGGCAAUGGUGGUCGACGAGGCUUACGACAUGGUGAUAGACGCCAUCUUUGGCUUCAGCUUCAAGGGUGCAGUGCGGGAGCCUUUUGGCUCCAUCCUGGACGUGCUGAAGAAGACCACUGUACCCAUAGUUAGUAUUGACAUCCCCUCAGGUUGGGAUGUGGAGCAGGGCAGCACAGAUGGACUCCAGCCAGACAUGCUAAUCUCCCUGACUGCCCCUAAGAAGUCAGCAAAACACUUCUGUGGACGCUACCACUAUCUGGGGGGACGUUUUGUGCCUCCUGCCAUGGAGAAGAAGUACCAGCUCAACCUUCCUCCGUACCCCAAUACUGACUGUGUGUACCAGCUGCAGUAGUGCCAACCAUGUAUAUGUAAAAAAAAAAAAAAAAAAGAUUGGUGGGUAAAUGCUAUUCGCAGUGAGUAAAGUAAUGCUCCCAUGUAUAACACUUGUAAUACCCUCUAUCUUAUGUUCAAAACAUUUUAUUGUGCAUUAAUUGGGGUUUCACACAUUUCACCCAUGAGUCAUUCAUGCAAAAUCUAUGUUUUCUGUGAAUUACUAUGAUAACAUUUAGUUUAGUCACCAAUACAUCAGAUAAUGCUAACUAUUUGUUUAUGCUAUUUUAACAACUAAAAAAUACAAGAUA